AUGAAGGCAUCUAUCCCAGCUGUAGGGACAGAAAUAGCAGGAGUCAUAACUAAUGUUCCCACUAACCUUUCUAAUUCAAGAAUUUUUGGUAUGUUAACGACAUACAGGAAGAUAAUAUGUGUUAAAAGGGUAAUGAGGAAACUUAAGAAUGAUGCAGGACGCAGUUUGAUGCAGUCGACGGGCACCGUGGCCAUCACAUUCGCUUCUAAAGUUUUGCCGGACCACGUCGAUCUUCAUGGUUGGCGGUUCGUGGUAAAUCAGUAUAUUACACCAGUGAAGCAGUGCUAG